AUGCGGUUAUGGGAGGUGUCCAAGAAAUACAGUUUAAGACGACAAGCGGAAGAGGAAAUGGAGAGGACGGAGAGACUUUACCGUCUCGUCGUUGUCGGGGAUGGUGGAGUUGGGAAGUCGGCAUUAACUAUACAGUUCAUCCAAAAUCAUUUUGUCGAAGAGUACGAUCCAACGAUUGAGGAUUCUUAUAGAAAACAGGUUGUAAUCGACAACGAAACGUGCCUCCUUGACAUUCUCGAUACGGCUGGACAAGAAGAAUAUUCUGCAAUGCGGGAUCAAUAUAUGAGGACCGGCGAGGGAUUUUUGCUCGUUUUUGCAGUGAAUGAAGCGAAAUCCUUUGAGAACAUAACGCACUACCGGGAGCAAAUUCGUCGCGUAAAAGAUUCUGAUGAGGUUCCGAUGGUGCUAAUUGGAAACAAGUGUGAUCUCGGUCAACGGGCUAUCGACUCAGGAAUAGUGCAAGAAACAGCUCGGGUUUAUGGAAUCCCAUACUUAGAUGCUUCUGCAAAAACUCGCAUGGGCGUGGACGAUGCCUUCUUUGCGCUUGUGAACGAAAUUCGAAAAAAUCGAGAAAAAACCAAGGAUAAGCCACGCAAGAAGAAGAAGUGUAUUAUCCUA